AUGUGUCGUGGUCUUUUGGUCCCGGACCAGUUGAGAUUUAGAAUUCGCCAAGUAGAAGGGUUUGGUCGUAGCUUUAUUUCGACGGUCACUUCUUUUCACGAUAAACGGCUUGCUGUGGAUCAGAUGAGCCUAUCGUGCGGUGCGUUGAAGAUUCGCGGUUUUGUGGGUGCAUGUCUCACCUCAUACUUACCUCUUCGUACGAAAGAAGAGUUUGCAAAGGGUUGA